AUGGGGCUUACCCUUAUUGGAAAAUUUUCUGGACCCAGACCCAACAUUGAUGUGGUUAGGGUAUUUGCAAGUCGUAGAUGGAAGCUCAAAGGACAUGUUGAUAUCUCUGCUCUUCCACGGGGUUUUUUCUCCUUUGUGUUCUCUUAUGUUGAAGAUAUCUUGGUCAUCCUUUGUGGAGGGCCAUGGGCUAUGGGAAGAUCUUCCCUUAUCCUAAAAAAAUGGGCUCCUAAUCUAGAUAUAUCAGAUGCCUUCUUUGAAAUUGUUUUUGUAUGGGUGAAACUUUUGGGGCUCCCUUUAGAAUAUUGGCAUGAAGAUAUCUUUAAGGGUAUUGCUGGAGUGUUUGGGGAGCUACUUUUUAUUGAUCCUAUGACAACUUCUAGGAAAAUAAUGGUUUACGCUAGGAUUUUCAUGGGGCUUAGUAGAUCUAAGGAUCUUCCUUCUUUAGUUGAUCUCAUUUCGAAGCUGGGAUCGGUGUGCCAGGUCAUUGAAUAUGAAUCACUGCCUUUUGUCUGUUUCUUAUGCAAGAAGGCUAGACAUUGGGUAAAGAGAUGCCCUCAGAACAAUAAGAUAGAGGAAAACGGUAUUAAAGGACCUAGGGUUUGGAAGUAUAAGCAAGUGUUGAAUGGGGAUCAGGGUAGUAAGGACAAUGACAAGCCUGAAAGGCCUAAUGAGGUCCAUGUGGAUAGCAAUGCUAGAGAAGAUAACAAGCUUCCUAGCAAUACUAUUGAGGCCCAAAGGGAUAGUAAUGUCAGAGGGGAUGCUCAUCACUCUGAGCAUACUAAGGGAACUGAGGAGAAAGGUCGGGAGGAAAAUGAUACUGAAAAUAUACAGGAAGUGUAG